GCCGCGCUAGUCACUCGCACGCAAAGAGCUCGCUGGAGAGAGAGAACGCUAACACAAAAGGAAAUAGUAGUUUUCCGUACGUAUCGAGCCCAGCCCAGAAAAGCGGAAAACUAAACCGAUUCGACAGCGGUUGCAAAUUUGAAGUAACUGAGUCAUCACCCCUCUGCACAACAUGCAAACCAUCAAGUGCGUGGUCGUCGGCGACGGAGCCGUGGGUAAGACAUGCCUGCUCAUCUCGUAUACAACCAACAAGUUCCCGUCGGAGUACGUGCCCACGGUGUUCGACAACUAUGCGGUCACCGUGAUGAUCGGCGGCGAGCCCUACACACUGGGCCUGUUCGAUACGGCCGGACAGGAGGACUACGAUCGGCUGCGUCCGCUCUCCUAUCCACAGACGGAUGUCUUCCUGGUCUGCUUUUCGGUGGUCAGUCCCAGUUCCUUCGAGAACGUGAAGGAGAAGUGGGUGCCCGAGAUUACACACCAUUGCCAAAAGACGCCGUUCCUGCUGGUGGGCACACAGAUUGAUUUGCGCGACGAGACCAGCACGCUGGAGAAGCUGGCCAAGAACAAGCAGAAGCCCAUCACCAUGGAGCAGGGCGAGAAGCUGGCCAAGGAGCUGAAGGCCGUCAAGUACGUGGAGUGCUCGGCCUUGACACAGAAGGGCCUGAAAAAUGUAUUCGACGAGGCCAUCCUGGCCGCCCUCGAGCCACCAGAGCCCACAAAGAAAAGGAAGUGCAAAUUCUUAUAAUUCUGCUUUCCCCACACGCGGUAUCCCUUUCAUUCUGGCUUUCUACUAUCGCAAUGACUCCUUCCCAGCCUCCCAUCGUCGAGAAGCAUUCAAUAUAUAGCCAUAUAUAUAUAUAUAUGUAUGUCUUGAUUUACGUUAUUCUGCAAUCGUUUCUGCCGGAGCGCAGUUUAGCCCAGUACUCCAUGAGCUAUUUCUCCUCGCCGCCAUCCAACUCUCUCCAUCUCACACACCGUCUGUGUCUCCCCUUACGUGCGUCCGCGUAUCUGUUUCAGUAGUGUCCGUGCUCCAGCCUUGGAGCUCCAAUUACCCUGUAUUUCGGUCGGUUUCUAUGUUUUGUCCACUGUGACCAGGCGGCUGGGCAGUUGCCCCCAACUUGGGACAGUCUUCCGCCCCACAAGCUUCAGCCCCAAUCCACGCCAGGAUCCAAUCGCAGCCCAUGCACUCCUGUCCAGCAGGUGAAAUCGAAUCGAAACCCAGCCGACUUCAUUCAUUUCUGCUCGCAAACUUGUUUUUGGCGCAAUUUUCGAAUUAAGUAAGGAGAAAAACCACAAUAUCAAUAUAGCGAAAACAAAUGAUUUAUAUAUAAAUAUAUAUAUAU